ACAGUAUUUGCGCGAUGUUGGUCGAUGGUGGUGUACGAUUUGUUGCCCUGGCUCCGUACUAACAACCAUUUCCACUCACAAUCGAUUGAAUCAUUGAUUGUUUGGCCAAUUGGCAGUGAUAGAGGGGUGUGAUUGCCAAAGUGUCGGAUGAGUUAAGUCAAUUUGUGUCCAUCAACUAUUUCAAACAAUUGGAUGGUGAGGUGAACAAAGAACAACGAAAUUAUCUCAGUGGAGUUCUCAAUACGCUCCUCCGUGGCUGGGUGUUCCAUGACAAAAAGCCACUCCAUUUGUGAUUGUGUUCGUGACUCUGGAAUAUUGUUUUGUUUGGUGCACAAGUAAACUGGACAAGAAAUUCACCUUUUUCUGUUCCCUCCGAUCUUCGUCCCUUAGAGGGUCUGACUUUGCUAAUAAACUUGGUGGGAAUUUUCUGUGCAGAUAAUACCCAUGUUUCAAGUGUUUUGAAAUAAUAAAAGUCUUAUCCAAGUGACACAGAAAUAAAAAAAAACACACGACAACUGUCUGGACACGGUGAAUUAAAAAGUGUGUGAUGAGAAAAAUUUACUUUCAGACCCAUUGUGUUUGAGAGACUUAAUUGAUAUUCAAAAAGAGCUGGAAUCUUCCUUAGAUGAAAUCACCUUGAAACGGGAACAUCGUGGCGAAGUACCUCAGUUCCAGCACUGUACAAUUCUUAAAUGAUUAAAAGUACCUCCGGAUCCAAGGAUCGCGUCAUUCUCUCUGCCUCAUCAUGACUUGGCACUGGUGGUCUCACUGGUUCUGGAUUACACUGACGCUCUCGGCCCUAUCUCAUGCCAUGCCUAUGAGUUCCGUCACGAGCGACACACACCUGGCUCAACUCAAGGUACUGGAAGCGCGUGAGAAGAUGUACACCAAGCGGGAACCCCUGAAGUUCCCUUUGGCAGCCCAAACAGACGGAGAUGAGGAGCUUUUUGGUGUCGAUCGCGCCUUUGCGGCUGUGGAAGUCUCUGAUGGGGGAAGAUUCAACUGGAUCUCGUCGAAUUCGCCAGAAAAGGACAAGUCAAUUAAGCGUCCAGAGAAUUCCACAUUCGAGAUCAAUCUGAUGGAUGGGAAUUCCAGCAGCUCUGAAUCCAAUGUCAGCAGAGCAAAUGCGACUGAAGAAAAAUCUUCAGAGAUUUCGAAUAAGACUCGAGAAGACCAUCCUGAAGAUUCAAUGAGUAGCAUCGAUGCAAGUGAAGAUGCAAAGACAGAUGAUAAUAGAACAGAAAGUGAUACAGUACGUCCAGAACUGGGCAUAGUUCAGAAUGAUACGGUGGAUAUGGAAGUGGAAUUGCAGGAGAAUGAUACGAUAGAGGUGGAUCGAUUGGGACGGAAAUCCAAAGUAUUGACAGAGUACACAGAUGAUCUCAGAAUAGCCAAUCUUACCACGGAGACGAAGAACCUUCUGGCACGAUCUGCUGCCUCCUCGGUUACUUCUGUUAAUGACGAUGAGCUGGGCAGUGAAUUGUCUGUCCAUGCUUUUUCUGCCCAACACUCCCCGUCCCUCAAUGUCGGAGCUAUUUCUGGAAUUUGCUUAGCUGUAAUGUUCCUGUUUGUUAGUGCAGGAUUCGCCGGGAUGCUGCUCUAUCGAAGACGCUACAUCAACAAACCACAGACCCUCAGUGAACCAGACUCCAGUGGAUAUAUAGACGACAGUACAAUAAGAGACAAUUCAGACGAGAUGUACAGCCUCGACAAUGACUCCUUCCUCAAUUCUCUGGAGGCAAUGACGAUCCAGAACUACUGGACGGACAAUGUGAAACACACAAAAUUGUAAUUUUCAUUGGAAUUGAUUGUAACUCCUCAAGUUAAUUCUGACAAAAAAGCAAGGUAUAAAGACAUGUUCUAAGGUUUAGAGUAGCAAAAGAAUAAAAAGGAUCUUAAUAAUAUCUUAGGAAUUAAGUACAAUUUGAAUGUAAUUUCCUCUAGCGUCCAUUGAUCCUUAAUCUAAUUUUUAAGUUUAGACUUGAACAAAACUCAUGGCAGCAUAAAUAGGAUUUUUCUUUUAAAAAAAAAAUUUGUGAUAAAUGUUAGAGUUUCCGUUCAAAUUGGAGAUAAUUAAACUCUUGCAGUGGAUCUACCUAUUUAUACAAUAAAAUAAUAGAAUUAAUAUUGCUGUAGCAAACCGUCCUUUUUUCUUUCAUCACACAACUUCCAUGAAAUUCAAUAGAUGUAACAUAAAAAAAAAAACAUAUUUAUAAUGUUAUAAGAAGCAAAAUGUAAAAAUAAAUGUGAAACAUCCUGAAA